AUGACCAGGUGGGGGGCUCAAGUGGGGAAGGGGGUCCAGGUGGGGAAGGAAGAGGGUUCAGGUGGGAAAGGGGUGUUCAGUGGGGUGCUCAGGUGGGGAGGUCUGGUUGGGGAGGGGUGGUGGUUUUCAGGUGGGGGAUUGAUGGGUUCAGGUUGGGGAGGGGUGGUGGGAUCAUGUGGGGGGAGGGGUGUGUUCAGGUGGGGUAUGCUCAAAGUGGGAUGCUCAAGUGGGAAUACUCAGGGGGGAGGUAUUCAGGUGGUAGAGGGACGAGGGGAAGGGGGUUCAGGUGGGGAAGGGGAAAGGUUAAUGUGGGGGAAGGGGGUUCAGUGGCGGGCUCAGGUGGGGAUUAUGGGUAGGGUUCAGGUAGGGGAGGAGUUGUGCGUUCAUGUGGGGGUUGUUCAGGUGAGGGUGCUCAGGGAGGUUGUAGGCUCAGGUGGGGGGUUCAAGUGGGGAAGGGGGGUUCAGGUGGGGAAGGAAGAGGGUUCAGGUGGGAAAGGGGGUUCAGUGGGGGGCUCAGGUGGGGAUGAUGGGUAG